CGAACCGUCAACCGUGCAAGCCGCCACAUUAAGGAUCCUCGACGACGACGAUGAGACUCGUUGGAUUAUACUUAAACUUGGUCCUGGUGGUCCUCGUCUCCUGCGAGGACUCAUCAACGAGCAAGGAAGCAGAGUUCGAGGAGGUUUCGAGUUCGGAAAAGCGAGGGGAGGAGAUCGAAGACAUCGAAAGGGUGUUGGAGAGCGAUGAGGGUGGUGAGAGGUUGAAAAUAAUUGAGGGAAAUCCACGAGGUUUGAAAGACGGCCAUUUGUCGAUAUUGCCGCCCAUAGUUCUUCUGGAUUUCGCGAAUGACCUCGAGAACUCGUCGUCAUCCGGGGAAGAAAAGUCGAAGCGAACGAUCGAGGGUCACCUGGGCCAUGGUUUCGCGCGCAACAAUCUCUUCACUGGGAAAUACAACUACUACUUUCCGGCUGGAAAGACGGGCACGAGUGUGAGCAUCGAAGAGUCGAUAAGUCCGUUUUUACCCAAGACGAUUAUCGAGUCGGCUAAGCCAACUGGGGAAAAAUCGCACGCUGGUGAGGCCAGCAGCAAUUACAACGGCCAGGGGCAAAACAAGGUCCAUCAAGCGGUUCCCGGGAAUCGGGCGAGCGGGCAAGUCGUCAAGGCGGAACUGAACCGACCCUUGGGCACCCAGCCAGUCUUCGGGCAACGCACGAAGCUGUACAAGCCGUCGCAGAUCGAUUACAACUAUCAGAGCUUUGGAACGAGCCCGAGGACUCCGGUGGAAGCGUACGCCACGCCUGACUACCGACAGAAUUCUCAGGAUUCGAGCCAGAGUAGCUUCGCCACGGCGAGGCCAAGCUACCAAGCCAACCCCUACGAAAGUGGCUAUUACGAGAUCCCCGAAACGUCGCAGAGGCCUUACAACGGUUACUCGACCGUAGCGCCGCCCUCUUUCGUCACCCCGACUGCCUCUGCUUACCAAGCGAUCUACAGUUCGAAUUCUCCGAGUGGGAACGUCACCCCAAGGCCAGGAUUGGAGGGCCCGACGAGCCAGAGGCCCCCCCAUCCAGCCUACCAUCCGGAGUCGCCGUUAGCUCAAUUCGCCAACCUUCCAAGAUUCACGAUCGAGAACGGCGUCCGUUACGAGAACAAGAUAGUCUGGAAAUACCCGGAUGGCAAAGUGUCCCAAACUCCACCAUCUUCUUACGUAAACGCUUACAACGAGUUCCUGACGAAGCAGAAGCCCGGCGCGGCACCGUCCCAGAGCAACGAGGUCAGAAGCACUUUCCAGAUUCCCGGCGGCGUCACUUCCGGCCAGAGUUUCCAGUACCAGCCCCAGCUCAGGUUCGCCUCCCAGAAGAACCGAUUUCCAAGCAAACCUUUAAGCAACAUCCAUUCCAAGAGCCCAGCCCAGUUCCCCAACGACCAACCGCGGCCCGGGCGACCCAGCCACUUCGUGUCUUCCGCCUCGCUGGGGAGCCAGGCCGGUCUGGCGAGCCAAGGAGUCCAGCCAGCGCCGCAGGCUCAACCCUACGAACCCACUUUCCAAGGUCAAUACGGACAAAAGACUUCGACCCGCUACAACCAAGGCGCGAUUCCACCUUCCGGCUAUUCGGAUCUGGUCAACGACGAGCCACGAGUCCUGAAGGACUCGUACGGCGCCACGACGUCUACGGAGCAGCGUCCGGUCUCCAAGUACGCCGUAAACAGCCCCAAUCCGGAGUACACUUUCUCUACGGAGCCGAGCAUCAAAAGCACCACUCCAUCGAGCGACGCCAGCCUCUUCACUCCUAGUGGCGAGCUCUCGCCGAAAGUGCUUUCCAAAUAUUCGUCCGAGGCUCAAAAGUAUCUGAGCAAAGUGUUCGCCAGCGGUGGGACGACGACCGAGAGAACGCGCUCGGCCACCGAAGAGCCCAGGCCUUUGCUCAGCUACGAGAAUCUCUUGAAUUACAAUCCUUCGAUCAACCAGUACAUCAGGGAUCCCUCGUCGAUCCUCAAGGCCCAGCCGACCUUCAUCCAAGCUGGAAAUUCCUUGAUCCCCGUUAUCAUUCUUCGAGUCGACGGGGCCUCGCCAAUCCGGCAAAGACCAACGCCGAACAUCAACCUUAAGGCCUUGCUGCAACAAUAUCUGACCCAAUAUGCCGGCAGCAUUGCCCAGAAUGCCAACUACGAAAACACCAAUUACGAAAAGCCUUUGAGCUUCCAGGCAGCCUCGAACGCACCGCAAAAUCCGGUCUACGAGCUGACCCAACUGGCCCAGAGCCUCAGCCAGUACUCCCAGAACCCACUGAUCGCGAACCAACUUGCCAAACAGCUCGACACCCUCAACCAGAGUCCUUAUGAUAACCCAAACGGACCAAGCCUCGGCUACGAGGCCAAUGAACAAUUUUCCAAAAAUCUUCCGUCCGAGAGCUACGUGAGGAAAGCUAGCAAACAAAAAGUCAAAAGUGUUCAGAUCAUCGAGGAUCCAAGAUUCACCAGUUACAAGGUAAACAGUUAAGUCCCCCGUCGACUCCUGCAGCGCUCAACGAGCCUCGACGCUCCAUCGUGCUCACCUCGAAUCUCGCCUCCGCGCUUUGCUCCACUCACCUCCAACUUGUACUGCAAACUUUGAUUUAUUAUAGCGUUCGAAACAUCGAGUUUUUAACGAUUGAGAAAUAUGAUUUUCUCAGUGCCAUGAAAGUUUUAACGAGAAAACCAUCUCUCUUUGCAGUCUUUCUUUCUUCGUUUCUAAGAUCCUUAACGAGCAAUAGUAUUUAAUUUUGGGAAAUGUGCAAUAGCGUUAGAAUUUUUAGCACCUACUACUUUUUCGGCACUAUAACAACCGUCCUCUCUACGACUCUACUCAAAUUUGCAAAAUCGAUAAAAUGCAAUGUGUCUUUGUCAUUAAUGAUCUAUGUUAUCUGCCUAGACGUGUUAAGGAGGUUUGAUCACGAAAUCAAAAUAAUCAGAAUGUGACAAAAUUUGGUUAUAACAUUCUUUGGCAUC